AUGAAUUCACCAAUUGGUAAUUGCAUGCCUUUGUUACUUGGUGAAAAUGAUGGUACUAGUAAUGUUCAAAAUCCAUUUACUUUUGAGCAUAGAUCAGAAGAGGAUGAGGAAGACGAAGAAGGAAGACAAUGUGAUGAUGACAGUGUAGGAGCCGAGGAUGUUCAUAAUGAUGAUAAUCAAGAUAGGGAAGGUAGUUCGCCUUUUUUAGCUGUUCAUGAGGCAAUUGAAAGAGAACAAAUGAGAUAUGUGGUUGUGGAUGGGGAAGGUUGUAACUUGUCAAACAAUCCAGAUACAGAGGAUUUAGAUGACCCAAUUGAAUUAUCUCCAAUGCAAUAUCAUUUGGCACCAUCACCACAGUUUGAAAAUGUUGAAAACAUUGGUCAUGUUAUGUCAAGUGAAUGGACCCCAUGGGGAAACACUCUUAUGGGACAUCCAACUGGAGAGUUCAUAGUUGGACAAAUAUUUAAUUCCAAAGGAGAUUUGCAACAUUCUGUAAAGAUGUACUCUAUUAAUUCGCAUCAAGAGUAUAUCGUUUUGUCAUCCACAAAGAAAUUGUUGGUCCUAAGAUGCAAGAAAGCUGAACAGUCUCAAUGUCCUUGGAGAUUACGUGCUACAGUUGUUAAAGGGACAUCUUUAUUUGAGAUCAACAAAUAUAGUGGCCCACACACAUGUGUCAAUCCUUGCAUGAACCAAGAUCAUCAUCAGUUAGACUCAAACCUGAUAGCCGCUCAUAUAGAGGGAAUGAUUAAGACACAAUUCACACUUUCAGUGGCUGCCAUUCAAGCAAGUGUUGUAGAAAUAUUCGGGUAUCAUGUCUCAUACACUAAGGCUUCGAAAGGCAAGCGUAAAGCAUUAACUAAUUUGUUUGGUGAUUUCUAUAAAUCAUACGCUAAUCUGCCACAUUUUUUUGGUGCCUUAGAGCAAGCCAAUCCACAAUGUGUUGUAAUUUCUAAAACAUUCCCAGGAAAUAUGCGAAAUGAAGAGGUAUUUCAACGAGUCUUUUGGGCAUUUCAUCCUUCCAUAGAGGGCUUCAAGCAUUGUCGUCCUGUGUUAACUAUUGAUGGUACACACUUGUAUGGGAAGUAUAAGGGCACUGUAAUGAUUGUCAUGGGCUGUGAUGGAAAUAAUCAAUUGUUUCCUCUUACUUUUGCAUUAACUGAGGGUGAAAAUGUUGAUAGUUGGGGAUGGUUUUUGGCAUGUAUUAGAAAUCGAGUAACUCAAAGGAGGGGUCUUUGUGUUAUCUCUGAUCGUCAUCCGGGCAUUAUGGCUGCGUUUGCUGAUGUUUAUCUUGGUUGGUCUGAGCCAAAUGCAUAUCAUCGAAUUUGUAUGCACCAUCUUGCUAGCAACUUUAUGACUCACUUUAAGGACAAAUGCUUGAAACAACUUUAUGCAGAGCUGCCUUAG